UCCUAGUUGGCGCAAUGAACCGCACGCUCGCUCAUACUUUCCCAUCAUGCAGUGCUCUUGCCUGCUCCUAUCGAGCCGCCAUGUUGUUGGAGUGAAUGCCUGGGAGUCAGAAAGAAACUGGGGCUGAAAUCCGUGACCAUCCACCCCCUCCGCCUGCUGUGGUGGAAUGAGCAGUGUGUGUGUGUUGAAGAGGAAAGCAGUGCUCUGGCAGGAUUCGUUCAGCCCCCACAUAAGAACUACAACUCCCAGCAUGCCUGUGGUGCUGAGCAGUGGAGGGCACGCCCCUCCCACAGGGCAAGUCCCUCAGGCCCCCCCUCCAAGCCAGCAGGGUGUGGCGGGUUCCGGGCGCUCCCAGGACGACGCCAUGGUCGACUACUUCUUCCAGCGGCAGCACGGAGAACAGCCCGGGAAGCACCGCUGGCCCACCGGAGACAACAUCCACGACAGCCAGGUGCGGUCGAUGGACGAACUGAAUCAUGACUUCCAGGCUCUGGCUCUAGAGGGACGCACUAUGGGAGAGCAGCUGCUGACGGGGAAGAAGUUCUGGGAGGCGGACGACUCUGGGAAGGACGGGCCCAAAGGGAUCUUCCUGGACCAGUGGCGGGACAGCGCGUGGGGGGCCUCAGAUCACUCCAUGUCCCAGCCAAUCAUGGUGUCCCGCCGGCCCGGCCAGGGUUUCCAUGGCGGCGGGGAGGUGGGGGUGGGCUCUGUGAUGUCCCCGCGCUCGGAGAGUGGAGGCCUGGGCGUUAGCAUGGUGGAGUACGUCCUCUCCUCCUCACCCGCUGACAAGCUGGAGUCCUGCCUCCGCAAAGGAGCCUAUAGGGAUGGAGAGGUGGAGGAGGAGAAGAGGGAGAAGCCCAAGGCGGUGUUUGAGGCAGAGAAACUGAAAGACUUGACGGAGGCCGAAGUGGACGUCAUCCAUGAUGUCAUCAACCCCAACGGCAUGCCCGUGCAGAACGGCCUGGACGUGGACGUGAAGGAGUUCGGCCGGCCCCAAGGCAACAUGCCUCCCCCCGGCCCAGAGGGGGACCUCCUUGGCCCUGGAGGCAUGGGGCCAGAGGGCCUGGCCCCCAUGGGGGGCGGGGGCCCCAAGCCUCCCGAGGACUUCUCCGGCGUGGAGCAGGGCGGCGUCGGCAUGGACCCCAUGGAGUCCGUUAUGGAGCCGCUGCAGUUUGACUACAACUCCCAGAUGCCCAUGGACUCGGCCCCCACCGUGGGCCUGUUUGACUACGCCAACCAGCAGCAGCUGUUUCAGAGGAACAACGCCCUGGCUGUACAGCAGCUCACUGCCGCCCAGCAGCAGCAGUACGCCCUGGCGGCCGCGCAGCAGUCCCAUAUCGGUCUGGCCCCGGCGUUCGUACCCAACCCUUACAUCAUCAGUGCCGGUCCCCCGGGCUCCGACCCCUACGCCGCGGGCCUGGCCGCUGCAGCGACACUGGGCCCCGCCGUGAUGCCUCCCCAGUACUACGGCGUGACCCCCUGGGGGGUCUACCCCGCCAGCCUGUUCCAACAGCAGGCCGCCGCCGCCGCCGCCGCCAACAACUCGGCCAAUCAGCAAGCGGCAAACCAGAGCCAGCAGAACCAACAGCAGGUCAUGCGGGGUGGCGGUAACCAGCGACCUUUGACCCCCGGUCAGGGACAGCAAGGCCAACAGAAUGACCAGAUGGUUGCCGCGGCAGCGGUCAACUCGGCCCUUGCCUUCGGUCAGGGUCUGGCAGCCGGCGUCCCUGGCUACCCGGUCCUGGCCCCGGCGGCCUACUACGACCAGACGGGGGCCCUCGUGGUCAACACUGGAGGGCGGAACGGCCCCGUGCGCCUCAUGGCCCCCGCCUCGGUCAUCAUAUCUCCCUCCGCCGCACAAGCAGUCGCAGCGGCCGCCGCCUCGGCCAACGGGGGCGGGGGCGGCCUCGGGGGCGGGGCCAACGGGCCCUUCCGCGGCAUGCAGUCCCAGCAGCAGCAGCAGCAGCAGGGGGGCCCCGGCGGCGCGCUGGGCGGCAGCUCCUUCUACGGCUCCUCCUCCCUCAACUCCUCCUCCCAGAGCUCCUCCCUCUUCUCUCAGGGCUCCGGGCAGCCGGGCCCCGGCUCCGCCUCCCUGGGCUUCAACCAGCCCACCUCCUCCUCCCUGGGGGCCACACUGGGGGCAACACUGGGCGGCUUUGGGACCGCAGGUAGGGACUACCUGGCGAACUCGAGCGGUGGCGGUGGCUCCAGGCGGGACUCCCUGACGGGCAGCAGUGACCUGUACAAGCGCACGCCCUCCAGCCUCACCCCUAUUGGCCACGGAGGGUUCUACAACGGAACCCUGGGCUUCAGCUCCUCGCCCGGCCCAGUCGGCAUGCCCCUCCCCAACCAGGGCCCCUCCCACUCCCUCACACCCCCGCCCUCCCUGUCCAAUCACAGCUCCUCAUCCAACCUGAACCUCGGAGGUCUGACCAAUGGCAGCGGGCGCUUCAUCUCCGCGGCACCGGGCGCCGAGGCCAAGUACCGCAGUGCCGCCAGCUCCGGCUCCUCCCUCUUCUCCCCCAGCAGUCAGCUGUUCCCGUCGUCACGGCUACGCUACGGCAUGUCGGACGUGAUGCCGUCGGGCCGCAGCCGCCUGCUGGAGGACUUCAGGAACAACCGCUACCCCAACCUGCAGCUGAGGGACAUCGCCGGGCACAUCAUGGAGUUCAGCCAGGACCAGCACGGCAGCAGGUUCAUCCAGUUGAAGCUGGAGCGAGCCAGCUCCGCCGAGCGCCAGCUGGUCUUCAGCGAGAUCCUGCAGGCCGCCUACCAGCUCAUGGUGGAUGUGUUCGGAAACUACGUCAUCCAGAAGUUCUUUGAGUUUGGCAGCCUGGACCAGAAGCUGGCCCUGGCGGAGAGGAUCCGCGGCCACGUGCUGUCCCUGGCCCUGCAGAUGUACGGCUGCCGGGUCAUCCAGAAGGCUCUGGAGUUCAUCCCCUCGGAGCAGCAGGUCAUCAGCGAGAUGGUGCGGGAGCUGGACGGCCACGUGCUCAAGUGUGUGAAGGACCAGAACGGGAACCACGUGGUGCAGAAGUGCAUCGAGUGUGUGCAGCCGCACGCCCUGCACUUCAUCAUCGACGCCUUCAAGGCCCAGGUGUUUGCCCUCUCCACCCAUCCGUACGGGUGCCGUGUGAUUCAGCGCAUUCUAGAACACUGCCUUCCGGAACAGACUCUGCCCAUUCUGGAGGAGCUCCAUCAGCACACAGAGCAGCUGGUGCAGGACCAGUAUGGUAACUACGUGAUCCAACACGUGCUGGAGCACGGCCGGGCCGAGGACAAGAGCAAGAUUGUAGCAGAGAUCAGAGGCAACGUGCUGGGCCUCAGCCAGCACAAAUUUGCGAGCAACGUGGUGGAGAAGUGUGUGACCCACGCGUCGCGGGCGGAGCGGGCGGUGCUGAUCGACGAGGUGUGCAUCCUGACGGAGGGUCCCCACAGUGCCUUAUACACCAUGAUGAAGGACCAGUACGCCAACUACGUGGUGCAGAAGAUGAUCGACGUGGCCGAGCCCACCCAGCGCAAGAUCGUCAUGCACAAGAUCCGCCCCCACAUCUCCACCCUGCGGAAGUACACGUACGGCAAACACAUCCUGGCCAAGCUGGAGAAGUACUACAUGAAGAACGGGGUGGACCUGGGACCCCUGUGUGGGCCCCCCAACGGCAUCAUGUAAACUCUGACCCCCCCCCCCCCCCCCCCCACGACCCUCCAUCCUGCUCCUUAAGUCCUUGAUGCUAUGUAAAUCCCCCUCCCCCUCCCUCCCCCCGUUAUUUCUCCCCUCUGCUCCUCAUUCGCCCUCAGCCCUCCAUCCCCCCCCCCUUCACUUCAGACAGCCUUAGAGUGAUGACCCACGGGGUCCUCGGUGGCCCCCGCCGCCCCCAGGUCAUUAGGAUUGAGCUUCAGGGGGUGGGGCGGGUAAGUCUGCACCCCCCCCCCGACCCCACGCCACCCGCCCCUCUGUUCGGUUGUUUCCUGUGUUUGUGGUUAUGUAUAAACUAGAACAUCACUUCACCUUUUUGCUACUGCUGUAAACAUGGUCACACACACGAAGCCUCCCUCUCUCCGUCUCCUCACCUCACUCAGUUACCCAGCUAGAGACCACUAUGAGAUGGAUGAGGGUUUAACUUGUCACAGUCCUAGAUCACACACACACACACACACACACACACACACACACACACACACACACACACACACACACACACACACACACACACACACACACACACACACACACACACACACACACACACACACACACACACACACACACACACACACACACACACACACACACACACACACUCCGUGGGCUAACCAGCAGAGAGCUCAUUUAGCAUGGGAGAUUUGUUUUCUGGUCUUGCUUCUAUAAAUAUAACGUGUAUACUUGGUGUAGACCUUUGCAUAUAUAUAUAUAAAUAUAUAUAUAAAACUUUGUAGUUUUUCUGGUUUUUGAUGUUGAAUCUGUAUCUAUAAUGUAUCUUAGUAGUGACCACAUACUUCUGACUGUAUAAUUGUACAUUUGUAAACCCUUGUAAUGUAAAAGUGCUUUACCACCCCUUUUUGGUAUCAGAAGAAAAAUAAUUAAAAACGAAUCACACUGAAGAAAAAAAAAUUAGUUAAAAAAAAAACAGCCCUGUGCAUUUCAGUGUAUAUUCUUACCUCCUUGGUUGUGAUAUAUAAGUUGUUGUAUAUUGUAAAUUGUAAUAUCAAAUUUUUUUGUUUUGAAAAGCCCUUUCUAUACAGCAUAGUACGUGUACAAAGAUUCGCCACGCUUGGUUUUAUCCUCUAUCUUGUCCCUGCUUAAAUUAAGAAACGUCGAUCUCCCGAUCAAAGGUCCCCGAUAACAUUUAGUUUCACUAUUAUUUUAUGUUUACGUUUAUAUCUUUUUUUUAAUUUUUUUUUUACUUUUUAUAGGAAUCUCCCCCUCCCACCCCCCUGGAUCUGCUGUAAAGCGCACACGUCUGUCUGGGUGUACGGGGGGCGGCUCGGAGACAUUCACUUUCAUAAUUAACUUAAACCUGACCGCCCCCCGUCUCGCUCUGCCACAGAGGUGACCCCCCCCCCUAUGGAUUGUACAGUGGAGAUCCUGGCUCGUUAUGAUUUGAUUUAGAUUUCUCUGUGGGUCUUUGUUUGGCAUCUCUCUAGUGCUGUCCGUGCUGUAUCAUACUGUCCACGUGUUUAUGGAGGCUCCGCCAGGGAGCGGUGUACAUUGGGGACGCAGCCUUGUGUAUAUUUACUACGAGCACACCUGUAACCAUAUGUGUAUAGUUAACAGAACCUGUGUAUGCUUAUUGCCUGGGCAACUAUUUUUUGUAACAACUGUUGUAGAUUGUCUCUAAACAAUUGUGUGAUCUUUAUUUUGAAACAAAACAACAAAAAAAAAACUUUCAAAAUUU